AUGAUGGACUCGAAUACCCAUAUCCAAAAGCCAUGUCCGACAGACUACAAUCUGGUGAAGAAGUCGCCGCAUCCAUUUCUGUGUUCUAGCGAGAGGCAUCGCCAAGUUAGCCAACUCAUGCGUGAAGUCCUCAUCUAUAAACGACUGCAGGCUCACCGGCGACUGAUUAAGAUGAUAAGCUAUUCAUGGUCCGCCGACGAGAUAGAUGGCUACGUGAUAUUCGAGUAUAUGCGAGUCGGCAGCCUCGAAGCCUAUCUUGCCUCUGACGCCGUGAUCACACAGUCGCAACAGCUGGACUGGUGUCUUCAAGCCACCGAGGGUAUUGCGUUUCUUCACAGCUCUGGUGUCAUUCAUGGCGAUAUCAAACCAGAAAACAUGGUUCUCGACGACAGCAUGUGCGUACAAAUCAUUGAUUUCUCUGGAUCUUCUAUCGAUGACCUUCCGCCGCUUUGUCUGGAGAGCACAAGGUACUUUUUACCGCGCCCUGAGCCGGCCUGUAACGUACAGACCGAUAUUUUUGCUUUGGGGUCUUCCAUCUAUCAUGUUAUGCAGCGUGCGCCUCCAUUCGAAGAGCUUGAUAUCGAUGAGAUAGAGGAGCGCUACAAGCGACAAGAUUUUCCAGAGCUUAUAAACGUGUUUUGUGGAAGCAUCAUUGCAGUGUGCUGGAGGUAA